AUGGCUAGAAACUCUAACCUUACAGAUCUAAGCAUAAUUGCAACACAAUUAAAAGCGGAGAUACAAGAUGAACUCACGAAUCUAAUGUCUAAAUGGCAGAUAAGAUCAAAUACUAAAUGGAUAGAAGAAGGGAAGAGAUCUACAAGAUACUUUUUUAAUAGAUUCAAGCAAAAACACCAGUCCUCAGCUACAUCAAAAAUUAAGAUUCCAGAUAAUCCAAUGAUAAAUAAUCCUUUAGAAAAAUUUCUCAAACACAAAACCUAA